GGGAGGUAUCUAUAAACAGCUGGUUAGAACCUUGAAGCGAGAGAAGAGUAACAGUGAAAAGUGUGAUUGGUGAGAAUAUAAGAUUGUGAGAUAAAUUGGAAGUUUAUUAAACGUUGGAAAGAGUAUUGGAAUGAUAAUAAGGAAAACCCAUCGCAACACAUUGCAUAAAAGUUUGAGAUUUGUUGUAAGUUGUAAAUAAUAUAAAGACUUCGCCUCGAUGACUACCACAACUCCAAAUGCUUUUAAACACAUCACAUAAACUCAUUGAAUGUACGCAUGUGACAGUAAUCAAUAAAAAUUGGUGAAAUAAAAAAUGAGCGGCGCGAAUUUAUUUAACAAAUGCUGCAUACAUUUAUAUGUAUAUUUUUGUGAGUUAUAACACUUUGUUCCAGCAUGAAAUUUGUGCACUUGUGUAUAAACGUCGAAAAUAUUUGAAGUUAAUCUGUGUUCUAUUUUCAUAUAAGAAUCCAGAAAGAGGCUAUGCUAUAAUUCUUUAAACUUUUAAAUGUUGUGUAAAAAGGCUAAAUUUAAGAAGUAUCACAGAUUUAUAUUACAUACAUAUAUGCUUGUUCUUAAACCCCGAUAUCAAUUAGCAAAAAAUGUAAGCCACCCAGGGGAAAGUUAUGCAAAUAAUGGCGCAAAUGAAGUAUCUCAGCUCAAUAACAAAUCACUAAAAUGAAAUGUGAAAGAUUAGAAAAAACGAAAGGAAAUCCCAAAUAAUUAAAAGUGAUAAAUCAAUUAAUAUAUAUGUAUAUAGUUAUAAAUUGAAUGGUAAUAAAAACACAACAAAAUAUUUUAACAUCACCGAAAGGCGUAAUACACGAAAGUUAUUUCACAACAAGGAGAAUAAACGCUCGUAACAGCAGUAGCAACAGCAGCAACAAAAUUAAAACAGAAAAACAUUUUAAAAUGUUACCAACGACAACGGAGUUUUAAUUGGUCGCAAUUCGACUUCAUUUCUCUCGAGUCGAAAAUUAUAAAAGCAUUUCCGCUUUUCUUUCGCUAAUAUUAUUAAUACACUCUUUUUUCGGUAAGCCAAUGCGUAUAAUGUCAAGUGUAAACAGUUUCCAACAGUAAGGGAGCAUUUAGUACAAAUAUUAUACGCAGCAUAUUCAUAUAUAAGCACCACAUUCAUUGUCUCGACCUGCAGAAGAAUAAUAGGCCAAUCUAAGCGAACAAAUCACAUCAAGGAUAAUCCCAGCAACGUGGUCUCAACAAGCAAAAGGAAAGCCAAAAACAAUUGUUUCUGCUAAAAUCAAAGAUUUAUAAAAGCGGAGGGCGCUAGUUGAAGAUGGCGCCUCGGAUAUAGCUGUAAUCCAAAGCUAAAUCGCGACAUCCAUGUGCCUCAUGCCUUGGAAAUCUGAGGCUCUCAUCGCUGGCCGUAUAGACAAUGACAGAAGAUUCCGACUCGAUAUCUGAGGAAGAACGUAGCUUGUUCCGUCCCUUUACCCGCGAAUCAUUGAUUCAAAUUGAAAAACGCAUAGCCGCUGAACAUGAAAAACAGAAGGAGUUUGAAAGAAAGAGAGCCGAGGGCGAGGUGCCGCAAUAUGGUCGCAAGAAAAAACAAAAAGAAAUCCGAUAUGAUGACGAGGAUGAGGAUGAAGGUCCACAACCGGAUCCUACACUUGAACAGGGCGUGCCAAUACCUGUUCGAUUGCAGGGCAGCUUCCCACCGGAACUGGCCUCCACUCCUCUCGAGGAUAUUGACCCGUACUAUAACAACGUACUGACCUUUGUAGUUGUAAGUAAGGGAAAAGAUAUUUUCCGCUUUUCUGCAUCCAAAGCAAUGUGGUUGCUCGACCCGUUCAAUCCCAUACGUCGCGUAGCCAUUUACAUUUUAGUACAUCCGUUAUUUUCGUUAUUUAUAAUUACAACUAUUCUGGUUAACUGUAUUCUGAUGAUCAUGCCGACAACGCCAACAGUCGAAUCCACUGAGGUGAUAUUCACCGGAAUCUACACAUUUGAAUCAGCUGUUAAAGUGAUGGCACGAGGUUUCAUUUUAUGCCCGUUUACGUAUCUUAGAGAUGCAUGGAAUUGGCUGGACUUCGUAGUAAUAGCUUUAGCUUAUGUGACUAUGGGUAUUGACUUAGGUAACCUCGCAGCAUUGCGAACGUUUAGGGUCCUGCGAGCACUUAAAACCGUAGCCAUAGUGCCAGGCUUGAAGACAAUUGUCGGAGCUGUCAUAGAAUCAGUAAAAAAUCUGCGUGAUGUGAUAAUUUUAACAAUGUUCUCGCUGUCAGUUUUCGCGCUGAUGGGGCUACAAAUUUACAUGGGUGUUCUAACACAGAAGUGCAUUAAAAAAUUUCCCUUAGACGGUUCAUGGGGAAAUCUGACUGAUGAAAACUGGGACUAUCAUAACCGUAACAGUUCAAAUUGGUAUUCAGAGGACGAUGGAUAUUCCUUUCCUCUCUGCGGGAAUAUUUCGGGAGCUGGGCAAUGUAGUGAUGAGUACGUUUGUCUGCAGGGCUUUGGCCCAAAUCCAAACUAUGGAUAUACCAGUUUCGAUUCAUUCGGUUGGGCUUUCCUCUCGGCGUUCCGUCUAAUGACACAGGACUUUUGGGAAGAUUUGUACCAGCUCGUUCUUAGAGCGGCUGGUCCCUGGCACAUGCUGUUCUUUAUAGUCAUCAUCUUCCUAGGUUCAUUCUAUCUUGUGAAUUUGAUUUUGGCCAUUGUUGCCAUGUCUUAUGACGAAUUACAAAAGAAGGCCGAAGAAGAAGAGGCUGCCGAAGAGGAGGCGAUUCGUGAAGCGGAAGAAGCGGCAGCAGCAAAAGCUGCCAAAUUGGAGGAACGAGCAAAUGCGGCAGCCCAGGCGGCAGCAGAUGCAGCUGAAGCAGCCGAAGCAGCUCUACAUCCGGAAUUGGCAAAGAGUCCUACUUAUUCGUGCAUUAGCUAUGAGCUCUUUGUGGGAGCCGAGAAGGGAAACGAUGACAACAAUAAGGAGAAAAUGUCAAUACGCAGCGUUGAAGUUGUUUCGGAGUCGGUGAGCGUUAUUCAAAGACAACCAGCACCUACCACAGCACCCGCUACUAAAGUCAGAAAAGUGAGCACGACAUCCUUAUCCUUACCUGGUUCACCGUUUAACAUACGCAGGGGAUCACGUAGCUCACAUAAGUACACAAUUCGAAAUGGGCGUGGCCGGUUCGGUAUUCCGGGAAGCGAUCGAAAACCGCUUGUACUGUCAACAUAUCAGGAUGCGCAGCAGCAUUUGCCAUACGCCGAUGACUCAAACGCAGUUACGCCAAUGUCCGAAGAGAAUGGUGCUAUUAUCGUACCGGUAUACUAUGGCAAUUUAGGUUCCAGACACUCCUCAUAUACCUCGCAUCAAUCUCGCAUCUCUUACACAUCACAUGGUGAUCUGUUAGGGGGUAUGGUUGCUAUGGGAGUCAGCACGAUGACCAAGGAGAGCAAAUUGAGAAGUCGUAAUACCCGCAACCAGUCAGUGGGUGUAUCGAAUGGCACCAGCUAUGCCGAUACAAAUCAUAAGGAACAUCACCGGGACUACGAAAUGGGCCUUGAAUGUACUGACGAAGCUGGAAAGAUAAAACAAAACGACAAUCCUUUUAUCGAGCCCGUCCAAACACAAACCGUGGUUGACAUGAAAGAUGUAAUGGUUUUGAAUGACAUAAUAGAGCAAGCCGCUGGGCGGCAUAGUCGAGCUAGUGAUCGUGGUGUCUCCGUUUACUAUUUCCCAACAGAGGACGAUGACGAGGACGGCCCAACAUUCAAGGAAAAGGCUCUUGAGGCUAUACUUAGAGGGAUUGACAUUUUUUGUGUAUGGGAUUGUUGCUGGGUGUGGUUGAAAUUUCAAGAAUGGGUGUCGCUAAUCGUUUUUGAUCCCUUCGUUGAGCUCUUUAUUACGUUAUGUAUUGUUGUGAACACAAUGUUUAUGGCGAUGGAUCACCACGAUAUGAACAAGGAGAUGGAGAGAAUAUUAAAAAGCGGCAAUUAUUUCUUUACUGCGACUUUUGCCAUCGAGGCCACUAUGAAAUUAAUGGCAAUGAGUCCGAAAUAUUACUUUCAAGAGGGUUGGAAUAUCUUUGAUUUUAUUAUCGUCGCACUUUCACUUCUUGAACUAGGUCUGGAAGGUGUGCAAGGCCUUUCAGUUUUGAGAUCAUUUCGAUUGUUGCGCGUUUUUAAAUUAGCCAAAUCGUGGCCAACGUUAAAUUUGCUUAUAUCCAUCAUGGGUCGCACAGUUGGUGCCCUAGGCAACUUAACAUUCGUAUUAUGUAUCAUUAUCUUCAUAUUCGCUGUAAUGGGAAUGCAAUUAUUUGGCAAGAACUAUACAGACAAUCAGGAUCGGUUUCCAGAUGGUGAUUUGCCACGCUGGAAUUUUACUGAUUUCAUGCAUUCAUUUAUGAUCGUUUUUCGCGUAUUAUGUGGUGAGUGGAUCGAGUCCAUGUGGGACUGCAUGUAUGUCGGUGAUGUCUCUUGUAUUCCGUUCUUUCUGGCCACGGUCGUAAUUGGAAAUUUGGUCGUGCUUAAUCUUUUCUUAGCUCUGCUUUUGUCUAAUUUCGGUUCCUCUAGUCUAUCGGCGCCGACAGCCGACAAUGAUACGAACAAAAUCGUCGAAGCAUUUAACAGGAUAUCACGUUUCAAAGCAUGGAUAAAGCGUAAUUUUUCCAGUUGUUUCAAUUAUAUUCGUAACAAGUUGACAAAUCAAAUUAGUGAUCAACCAUCAGGUGAGAGGAUCAACCAGAUCAGUUGGAUUUGGAGCGAAGAACAUGGUGACAACGAGCUGGAGUUGGGUCAAGAUGAAAUUAUUGCCGACGGUCUGAUCAAGAAGGGAAUGAAAGAGCAAAACCAGCUAGAAGUCGCAAUUGGCGAUGGCAUGGAAUUUACCAUACACGGCGAUAUGAAGAACAACAAGCCGAAAAAAUCGAAAUAUUUGAAUAACGCAACGAUGAUUGGCAACUCAAUUAACCACCAAGACAAUAGACUGGAACAUGAGCUAAACCAUAGAGGUUUGUCCUUACAGGACGACGACACUGCCAGCAUUAACUCAUAUGGUAGCCAUAAAAAUCGCCCAUUUAAAGAUGAAAGCCAUAAAGGUAGUGCCGAAACAAUGGAGGGUGAAGAAAAACGUGAUGCCAGCAAAGAGGACCUUGGCCUUGAUGAAGAACUCGAUGAGGACGCAGAGUGCGAAGAAGGUCCACUUGAUGGAGACAUUAUAAUACAAGCAAAUGAAACCGAUAUUCUGGACGAAUACCCAGCAGAUUGCUGCCCCGACUCAUAUUAUAAAAAGUUUCCGAUAUUAGCUGGUGACGAGGACUCGCCAUUUUGGCAAGGAUGGGGCAAUUUACGACUGAAAACUUUUCAAUUAAUUGAAAAUAAAUAUUUUGAAACAGCUGUUAUCACUAUGAUUUUAAUGAGUAGCUUAGCUUUGGCCUUAGAAGAUGUCCACCUCCCGCAAAGACCUAUACUGCAGGAUAUUCUUUAUUACAUGGACAGAAUUUUUACGGUUAUAUUUUUCUUAGAAAUGUUAAUUAAAUGGUUGGCACUCGGCUUCAAGGUUUACUUCACGAACGCGUGGUGUUGGCUUGAUUUCGUCAUCGUAAUGGUGUCGCUUAUCAACUUCGUUGCUUCACUUGCUGGAGCUGGUGGUAUUCAAGCCUUCAAGACUAUGCGAACGUUAAGAGCACUGAGACCACUACGUGCCAUGUCCCGAAUGCAGGGCAUGAGGGUCGUCGUGAAUGCAUUGGUUCAAGCUAUACCGUCCAUCUUCAAUGUGCUAUUGGUGUGUCUAAUAUUUUGGCUAAUUUUUGCCAUAAUGGGUGUACAGCUUUUUGCUGGAAAAUAUUUUAAGUGCGAAGACCAAAAUGGCACUAAACUCAGUCACGAAAUCAUACCAAACCGCAAUGCCUGCGAGAGUGAGAACUACACAUGGGUGAAUUCAGCCAUGAAUUUUGAUCAUGUAGGUAAUGCGUAUCUGUGCCUUUUUCAAGUGGCCACGUUUAAAGGCUGGAUACCUAUUAUGAACGACGCUAUUGACUCACGUGAGGUGGGCAAGCAGCCAAUCCGUGAAACGAAUAUCUACAUGUAUUUAUAUUUCGUAUUCUUCAUUAUAUUUGGAUCAUUUUUCACUCUCAAUCUGUUCAUUGGUGUUAUCAUUGAUAAUUUUAACGAGCAAAAGAAAAAAGCAGGUGGAUCAUUAGAAAUGUUCAUGACAGAAGAUCAGAAAAAGUACUAUAAUGCUAUGAAAAAGAUGGGCUCUAAAAAACCAUUAAAAGCCAUUCCUAGACCGAGGUGGCGUCCACAAGCAAUAGUAUUUGAAAUAGUUACAGAUAAAAAAUUUGAUAUAAUAAUUAUGUUAUUUAUUGGCCUGAAUAUGUUUACCAUGACACUCGAUCGAUACGAUGCGUCCGAAACAUAUAAUGCUGUCCUAGACUAUCUAAAUGCGAUAUUCGUAGUUAUUUUCAGUUCCGAAUGUCUAUUAAAAAUAUUCGCUUUACGGUAUCACUAUUUUAUAGAGCCAUGGAAUUUAUUUGAUGUAGUAGUUGUCAUUUUAUCCAUCUUAGGUCUUGUGCUUAGCGAUAUAAUUGAAAAGUACUUCGUAUCUCCAACGCUAUUGCGUGUUGUGCGUGUUGCAAAGGUGGGCCGAGUGCUGCGUCUGGUCAAAGGUGCUAAAGGUAUCCGCACAUUGUUGUUCGCGCUAGCUAUGUCCUUGCCGGCUCUAUUCAACAUUUGCCUGCUGCUCUUUCUCGUCAUGUUCAUCUUUGCUAUUUUUGGGAUGUCAUUUUUUAUGCAUGUGCGGGAAAAAAGUGGCAUUAACGACGUUUAUAAUUUUAAGACAUUUGGCCAGAGUAUGAUAUUGCUGUUCCAGAUGUCUACCUCAGCCGGUUGGGAUGGCGUUUUAGAUGCUAUUAUCAAUGAGGAAAAUUGCGAUCCACCCGACAACGACAAGGGCUAUCCGGGGAAUUGUGGUUCAGCAACAGUUGGAAUAACGUUUCUUCUCUCAUACUUAGUCAUAAGCUUUUUGAUAGUUAUUAAUAUGUAUAUUGCUGUCAUUCUCGAAAACUAUAGUCAGGCCACCGAGGACGUACAGGAAGGUCUCACCGAUGAUGAUUACGACAUGUAUUAUGAAAUUUGGCAGCAGUUCGACCCCGAAGGUACGCAAUAUAUACGUUAUGAUCAGCUUUCUGAAUUUUUGGACGUCUUGGAACCGCCACUUCAAAUACAUAAACCGAACAAGUACAAAAUCAUAUCUAUGGAUAUACCUAUCUGCAGAGGAGAUAUGAUGUAUUGUGUAGAUAUUUUGGAUGCGCUUACCAAAGACUUUUUCGCACGGAAAGGCAAUCCUAUAGAGGAUACAGGUGAAAUCGGCGAAAUCGCACCGAGGGCAGAUGCCGAGGGGCACGAACCUGUAUCAUCAACUUUAUGGCGACAACGUGAAGAGUAUUGUACACGCCUGAUACAAAACGCCUGGCGUAAAUAUAAAUCACGUACAUCUGGCGAAACUGAGGGAAACGUCGAAAACACCUUUACUCCCAAAAGUGACGGUGCUGAUGGUGAUGGUAAUAGUGAUGGUGAUAGUGAUGGUGAUGGUGAUGGAACAAAUACUGGUACUGGUGGAGACAUAGGCGAUGGGGCGCAGGAUAGAAAUAUAAGCGCUGUAAACAGCCCAGAAAGGGGCCUCAAUGGCAGUGAAAUAAGUCCGGGCCUUGCGAGUGACGGAGCUGGUAGCGGAUCAAGCGGUAAAAAUGGCCGCCAAACGGCCGUAUUGGUCGAAAGUGAUGGCUUUGUGACUAAAAACGGACAUAAGGUUGUAAUACACUCGCGCUCACCGAGUAUAACGUCGAGAACGGCGGACGUCUGAGCCAGGCCUCGCCCCCCCCUCCAAGAUGCACCUUAAUCGAACUGACCUAAAUCAACAAAAAUAAUUUUCUGCCACAUUCAACAACAACGACAGCGUACAGCAAAAGAAACCUCAAUUGCAAUAAAAGCUACAAGAACCAGCAUCACUAUAAACAGCUGCAGUUUUUGUACUUUCAGUUCAAAAAUUAAUGUUUCGAAAACCAAAAGUGGGAAGCAGAACAAUACAAAUACUCAACAUCUCCACUGCGACUACAUUAUAAUCACAAAUGGAAGUAAAAUGAAUGAAAAAAUUGUUUUAUUUAAAUUUUUAAGUGUUUAGUCUACGACUGUUUCAUCACUCUAAGAUUUCUAAAAAAUUAUUUACUAUAAGAAGUAAACUUUUAAAUACUCUAAUUCCUUAAAAUUAUUUAUUGUUGUAAGUAUAAUUUUAUUUGCCAGGAUUCACUGUAAAACAUUAAUUACAAUACUAUACUAUGAUAACUGAUUUAUAAAUAGAUUUGUGCAUAUAUGUAUGUAUCUAAUAUUGGCACAGAAAGAGUUUUCAAUAAGUUUCUGUUUAAGUUCAACAGCGAUAUGAAGCAUUCGAUUUUAUAAUUUUAAAGCAAAAGAAACGGAAAACAAAAACUUGCAUAAUUAACUUAUAAUAAAAAGCCUACUGCCAUAUCUCUGAAAUCAAAUGCACUUCAAUUUGAAACAAGAGAAAUAUUUACAUACUUGCACAUACUGUUAUCAAUUUCUAAAUUAAAAAGAAAAUAAAACACUGUCCAAUACAAUACCAAGGAAGUUUACGUCCCACACAAAACUGCAUGGCAAACAAAAUAUUCAAGCACGUUCAUUCAAACAUCUAGCAUGACUUGGAGCUGGGGCGCAUGGAAAAUGAAAACGGAAAUGAAAGGAUUAAAAUACUACUGCAAUGAUAAACAUUUGAAAUUAUAAUGUUUUUGUAAUGAAGCGGUCAGUUAUUAAGAGCUAAUCUAAAAAUCUAUUAACGACUGAGGUUAAAUUUGUAUAAAAAGUGAUUUUGCAAAAUAAAGAAUUCUAUAACCAGAGAACCUACAUAUGUAUGUAAAGGCGUCGACAUAAACUUCUAUUAAAAUAAAAUAAAAUAAAACUUCUAUAAAAUGUUAUAUAUCAAGAAUUCUGAGAUACACAGUGAGUUAUGAUAACAUUAGUAGAAAUCUACAGGUGAACAUAAGAAGUUGAAAACAGCAAACUUAAUUCAAAAAAAUGAUAAAAUUAAAAUUAUAACAAUAGGAAAACAAACAUCCCCGAGUUUCUUUCUGACAUCAUGGUGAAGAAUAAAUGGAAUGUGAACAAUACUGACAGGAGUAAAUAACUACAAGUUAUAAAGACAAAUCACCUUCAUUCUGUGCGGUGCAUAUCUAUAAAGUAGUAGAUUAUCAUCAAGACAUGUGCAAGUGCGAGCAAUUUUUUAGUACGAAAUUCUAGUGGGAAUACAGUUAUAAACUGCAACAAAAAUAAACAGACGAUUCAAAACUGCUAAAUUUUGGAAGUUAUAUAGAACUAUUAAUUCCCCAUAUCCGGUAUUUAUGCAAUGAAAACAAAGAAAAAUUACGCGAAAUAAUAUUUAACAAUUCAAUAAUAUUCUAUUUUGGCAUAAAUAUGUACAUACAAAUGUACAUAUGUAAGUAUGUACAAAUGAAGCGAGAACCAAUGCAUCAUAUUUAAACUGAUAAAAUCGGGAUUUAUGCAUAUAUACUCCUACACAUGGAUGUACCAAUCUAAACACAUUUGUAUAUUUGACUGCAAUAUUCGCCCAAAUAAAAAUGUGGUAUACAUAAAACCUUUUUUUUAGUUUGUUGCUAACAACUUAAGCGCUACGUACAUUUCAUUGCUUUAUAUGUGUGAUUUUUAUUUACAUAGGUAUUUUAGUGGCUCAAAUAAACAUUUGUAGCUUAACCAGCUGAAAGGAAUUAUAUUAACAUAUAGCUUAUAGCUACUUAAACAACUAUUACAUUAUGAUAUUUUCAUAUUUUAUCACUGCAGUGAUCACUUCAAUUUCUAAGGAGAUAUGAGAGAAUAAAUUAACAUUAUUCAUGAAUGCAUACUUCAGUUUGUAUAUGUAUUCAUUUGAAUACAUGUUCUGCAAACAUAAAAAAGUAAGGCAUCACAUUAGCAAUGGUUAUGCCUUUUUUGUUUAAAGUCGCCACAUAGUGAGCUAAAAACUAUAAUCGAUAUUUACUACCAUAUAAAUGCCAUAUAUGUAUGUAAGUAUAUUUCUUUUUCAAGGAUUCAGACUGGAAUAACUCGUGAUAUGGCUUAUUUUGAAGAACACGAAUCAACUCUAAUUUAUGACGCUUUCAGACAAGUUUUAUUAAUUUCCUUAACUUAAGCAAAUAAUUAACAACCAAGUAAAGCUUUGUUAUUGCUAUUCACAAUUGAAACUGCUUAACCAUAUUUCUUUCUUAUUUUCUUGUUUUUAUUCGAACAACUUGCCAUUUGUUGAGCUUAAAUAAGAAAGCCUUCGUUGUUUUUUAUUGCGACUGCAGCGUAAACAAUAUGCAUCAUAAAUUACCAAAAAAGCAGGAGCAUUACGGCUACUGCGGCUACUGCCAAUUCAAGCCCAAACGCCAAACUGCUUCACUGAUUAUUUUUAAGCUGUUUACGAAUCGCUACAUACAGAAAAUAAGUUCAUUAAGUAAACCAAAAUCUACCAACCGGGUGCAAAAUAUUUUAAUUCGAGGGGCGGGCGAGAUUAAACUAAAUGUGGGAUGAAAAUAUAUUAAAAACUUUAAUUAAUAAACACGUAUAUUAGCAGUACCACACUAAGGAGACUUUGCUAAAAUAAUAACGAAUAUUAAUAAAUGAGUAGAGGGAAUAGAAAAACGUGUAAAAACUAGUAAAAUUUCGUUAAUAAAUGUACAUAUAUAUUAAAAAGGAUCGUGAAAACUGAGAUGACUUAAACGCGACUAAAAGCCGUAAUUUAUUUGCAAAACUGCAAAUACAAAUAAUAAACUUGUCCGUUUAAUUGGAUAAAGUAUACAGCCGAGCAUAUAAUUCUCAUUGCGACCACCAAAAAUUAAAUCAAAACGUCAACCGAAUGAUUAGUCAAAAUCAAAUAUAUUUUCGAUGAUAACAUACUUGUAAAUAUAUUACUUCUCUCCAAGUAUAUGAAAUUCAAAACUAGAGGAUACGAACCAUACAAUUUUGGCAGUCUUAACUAGCAAUGGUAACGAAAUCAAUAUCUGUGCAACGGCGUAUUGAGUGCAAUAAAAAAAAACAAAA